UACGAUGACACGUUUGCUAUACCUUGGGCUGUUCAGAAGUGGGUUGGUCUGCGGCUUACGAAGACCGAUCCUCCUCAUGUCAGCAAUAUUUAAGUCAUACAAAAUGGUGGUCUACCGUCCAGUGUUCAACAACCUUGUAUGGGAGCUCAGGACCAUGUGGCCUCAGGGAACUGUCACCGAAGAAGAAGAUCGUGUCGUCAGCAGGACGCUAAGGAGUCUCAAUAUGGUCGUUAAAGGCUACUACUGGUGCAACGUCCUCCUAGUGAUAAUCUUCCUGUCCCCAUCCUUCGUGGCCCUGGGGUACAGAGCUGCAGGGCACGACACACCCCUCAUACUGCCUUACUGGUACUGGUACCCCUUCGAUCCUUACGAAGGUGGCCCGUGGUAUGCGUUCGCGUUGGCUUUUGAAGAUUUCCAUGGUUGCAGCGCCAUUGGGUUCAUGGUGAUGGGAGACCUGCUAUUCUGCAUCUUUCUGAGCCACAUCUCGAUCCAGUUCGAUAUGCUCACAAUCCGUAUACGGAAGCUCGUACCGAAGGUCGAACCUAAAAACCCCUUGAGUGCAUUUACCACUGAGCAAAUGCUCAAUGAAAACUGUGAUGCCCCGGAAACAGAGAAAAUUCAUUUGAAAGAGAUGGCCGCUAUCAUUAAAAGGCAUCAGGACUUGAUCAGACUUUCGGGUGACGUGGAGGAAAUGUUCAGCGGUGCGCUUCUCCUGAACUUCCUUAAUAGCUCCAUGAUCUUCUGCUUCUGCGGCUUUUGUUCGGUCAUUGUGGAGAAAUGGAACGAGUUUAGCUACAAGUCGUUCCUCGUUACAGCGCUCGCGCAGACCUACCUCUUGUGUAAGCACGGACAGAAACUUAUUGACUCUAGUACAGGAAUAACCGACGCGCUGUACGGUUGCCUCUGGUACAACGCUUCUAAGAGAGUCAAGAGUUCCGUCUUGAUUGCCAUGCACAGGUCCCAGAAAGAGGUCCAUGUCACGACCUACGGUUUCUCUGUAAUCAACAUGGCGUGCUACGCCAGGAUACUGAAGACGGCCUGGUCAUAUUUAUCGCUUCUUUUAAAUGUUUAUGAGUAAACUAUUACAGAAU